CAAAGCUCAAUCGUCAUUUUAUCAGUGUUUAUUUAUUUAUUUAGCCAAAAUUUAAACUUAUGGAAGUUUGGAACCGAUUAGUUUAUUCCUUAAAUCGAUGCGGAUUGUAAUUCAACUUAAAACGACAACUUACGAAACCUUUACCUGAUUCUGAAUAAUGUGAAAAGUGAAAGUAUUACGUGGACCAGCAACUGGCAAUUUUUCUUUAUUUUUUCCAUAAUUCAACUCGAAACAUGGGUAAAACUAGUAAAGUAGUUAUCUGCGGGAUGAAAGGUGUCGGUAAAACUGCCGCUCUCGAGCAGUUGAUAUACGGAAAUGUGAAUUUAAAAACUUAUUUCUAUCCGACUAUUGAAGACAUUUACGUAGCGAAUAUCGAGACAGACCGCGGCACGAAGGAGCGAGUGUGUUUCUACGAUAUUGCGGGGCUCGAGCCACCAAUUACAGGCGAGUUUAAAGGACCGCCCCAAUCCCCGACGCUGCAGCUGACAGCUAACCAGGUGCUGCAGCGGCACUACCUCGGCUUCGCAGAGGGCUACGUCAUGGUGUAUGACACCAACCGCCCCGAGUCCCUCGAUGUGCUCAUGUAUCUCAAGAAGGAUAUAGAUAGGAAUAAGGAUAAAAAGGAGGUAGUAAUGCUAGUAAUAGGCAACCGCACAGGCCCGGACGACCCUAACAGCCUCGAGAACACCUGCUCUAAAGCGGCCAACUGGUGCUCCCGCGAAAAACUCCGCCAUUUUGAAGUCAACGCGAUGGACCGGCCAUCUUUGUAUGAACCCUUCAUAUUUCUAACCUCAAAACUUAACCCGAUGCAGAAUAAAACGGCUUUUCCACAGUUGAGUACGUUGAGUAAGUUGACGCAGAAGAAUAAUAGGAGCGAUGCUAUGUAACAUUAUAUUUUUAAUCUAUGCCCUUUUUGUUAUCAACCUUAGAGUCGGUUAAGUCUAGUUAU